GGAGAGCAGAGAUUCAAAACCUCCUGAAAUCCUCCGCCGAUAUUCUCAUUCGCGAGUGCGCACGAAGUAAAGGAAAAUGGAAUUCCAUUAAUAAAUCCAGAGAAACUCUUUCAAUUUGAAGUUCAAUUGAAGAAAUUGAAAGAAGAUGGAGAGAGAUGGCGAAGGAAUAGUGAGCUCCCAGUCGCAGAGGGUUAACAAUGGUCGUUCAAUUUCACCCAAUAGAGUCCGAACCGGAUCCGACCCCUUCCUGGUGACUUGUAGAGUGUUCAGCUUCGUUACUGCACUUGUUGCUAUUCUCUGCAUUGUUGUUAAUGUCUAUUCUGCUGUCCGAUCCUUUAAGCAUGGAUAUGACGUAUUCGAUGGAAUUUUCCGGUGUUAUGCUGUAGUGAUUGCGGUUAUUGUGGUUGUUGCGGAGACUGAAUGGGGAUUUUUCAUCAAGUUCUGGAAGGUGUUGGAGUUUUCAGCUGGAAGGGGCAUGCUACAGAUCUUUGUUGCAGUGAUGACCAGAGCUUAUCCUGAAGAUUAUGGGCAAAGGAAUGACCUCAUCCUUCUCCGGAACAUAGCUAGCUACUUUCUUCUUACCUGUGGUGCAAUUUACAUAAUAUCAGGAUUGUUGUGCUUUGGAUUUAUCAAACGUGCUCGUCAGGCAAAAGAAAUAUCCAGGGAGCAAGCAAUUAACGAUCUUCAGGAUUUGGAGCGUCGUAGAGAAGAGCUUGAAGCUCUGUUGAUACAGGAGAGGGCUUGAGAAAUAGAGCUGGCAUUUAUGGCUAUGGCUUGAAGCUCUGUUGAUACAGGAGAGGGCUUGAGAAAUAGAGCUGGCAUUUAUGGCUAUGGCAAAUCACUGUCGAAAUUGAGGAGAAAACUUGGAAAGGAAAGCUCAAAUGAGCGAACUUGAUGUUCAUGUGUUUUACCUGCCUUUUUACCUAUGUGAGAUUGAAAAUUUUCACUAGAUGUAUUGCAAAUAUGUACAGUUACAUAGACCAUUUUCCUAGCAACAGAUAUAUCGUACUAAACCAGGUGUUCCUCUAUUCCUUCAUUCCACAUGCCUCGUAUCGUAUUUGUGUGUGAGCAGGACGUAUUAUUCUGUAGCCUUUACAAAACCAUUUUUUCAAUGGUGUUUGAUUUGGUACCUGAA